UGUGUAUAUAUAUUCACAGCGAAUAUAAAGUCACUGAACAGCAAAGGAGCAAGCAGCCACAUUCGCGGGGUAUUCCCGAAGGAAUAAACACACAAUAAACCUGAAAGAUUUUAAUUAGAACUUGUGCCUCUCACAUCAUGUCGACAGCACUGGUUUCAGCGUUUUAUGAAAUGGACGAUGUUCUUUUAAAGGUAUAAAUCCGUUGAGAUUUAUAAUGAAUGAUUUGACUUUGACUUCGCGUGAUUUCUCUUAUAUUCAAAUAUAAUGUUGUGAUCGUUGCUUUUGUUUUGAAAUCAUGAUUUACGAUUGUUCGAACAAUGCUAGUAGCACCGCGAGUAUUAUUAAUAUACUAACGUAUGUUUUCAUUCACGGUUUUAGAACAAGUUGAUGUCGCUUGAAUUAAAAACACGAGGGGAUAGAAGGAUAGUUGGUUCUCUACCGAGAAGACAUUCGACAAACGGUGUUCGACAAACCCCAACGAACUUAAUAACACUAAGCGAUCCUAUGUUAGUUAGCAGACCGACGAGAGAUCGUGCUUUUAGCGCAAUUUCAUCAGCCGAGGAAGAAAGACGAAGAAAUAACAUCGCGAAUUCGAGUCGAUAUAAAACCGAGCUAUGCAGGCCUUUUGAGGAAAACGGAACAUGUAAAUACGGAGACAAAUGCCAGUUUGCUCACGGCCUUCAUGAACUGAGACAGCUAACACGGCAUCCGAAAUACAAAACAGAAUUAUGUAGAACUUUUCAUACGAUCGGGUUUUGUCCGUACGGACCACGGUGUCAUUUUAUUCACAACGCUGAAGAAAAACGCGUACCAUUGGAAAGGAGUCAAAGUUUAACAGCCCCUUUGUCUCCCAUCUCAACUGGCAGUCCUCCUUCGCCUGUAUUCGAGUCGCCAUUAUCGCUUUCUCCUUCGACGCCAUUCUUGGAUGAUAGUCCUUUGGGAAGCCCACUGCCCUUGCAAGUCACUGGUUCGCCACCGGCAAACAAUGUGAGUAAUAAUAUUUUCACUUUUCCUUCACACGAGUUCGUUACUUCGAACCCUAUUCAAAUUCGUUCGCCCGGCUACAAUGGUGGUGCAAAGCAAAUGAAAUACCGAUCUGAUGUCUUCCCCGAUUCAAGUUCAAGCGAUGAGUUGUCCUCUGGGUCGCCCGGUUCUGAUGGAUCUGAUCAAGGCUUGAAUAGUCCACGACGUUUACCCGUCUUCAAUAACAUGACUCACUAAACGUCUAAAGAGCGAAGCGGGCUUAACCAAAACUUUAUAAUAAACCCACAACGACGAAGAACGCAGAUUAAAAAGCAAUUGCUCCUUGCUUUCAUACAUAUUACUGUAAAUUGACUAAAGUAUUAGGCUUAUUCUAAUUUAUCGUUGAAAUUAUUUGCCGUAUAUAUUAUAGGCUAGAGAAGAUUUAGUCGUUUUAAUAUUCAUGACAUACAUGUUUAGUUUAUUGUUGUAUUUUAUUGUAAUCAAGCCAGUCAGACGUAGUCGGCUCCGCGAUGAUUCAUAUUAUCCCUAAUUUAAUAUCUCAUUGUCAGAAAGAUUUAUACAUAUAUUCGUUUUAUAGGUUAUUUAUCAGAAUCAGAGCAAUGUUCUGGAGCCUGUCGGAGGAUAUUAUGGUGUAAGACACCACUUUUAUUUCUAAGCUGCGCGUUUUCUAUUAGAAAAAUAUUCUAACAUUUUGUAAUUGUAUAGUAUUAAUAUAAGCUGUGAAUAUGCCUCGCAAACACAUCCAUAUAAAAAGCACACGAGUAAAAAUAAUUAUUAUAUAUGAACUGCACAGAAAAUUUCCGUAAAGCCUAACGCAUUACCAAUGACCAAUAUUUAUAUAUUAUUUAUUAAAUGGCGAUAGUUAUAGCACUAUUUUUGUUAUUAAGCUAAUUCAGAUGUCUUCUAGAACUAGAAUAAAUAAUUUUAAUAUAUUAUAUUAUUAUAUAUAUUUGUAUAUUAUUAAGAAUAAACUGUUCCGUUAAUAUUAUUGAGAUACAAAGACAUUGUGGGAACGAACUAUAUUAUGUGAUGAUUUAAAGUAUUUCUGAGUUUUGUAAGAAUGCGAGGGUGAAUGUGAAUGAAAAAAAU